CAACAUUUUCUUUUAAAUCUAUUUCUCCGGCCAGUCAUGGCGAACUAUCGGUGGCCGUCGAAGCUAUCGAAGUUAUCACCCCAAGCAAAACAAACAAACCUCUACGGUGUGAUCAUCGUCACGAUUCUCUGUGCAGCCUCUUACUCCGUCGGGAUAUGGAAGAACUCUCGCGGAGGAAUCUCACGUGCUUCCCUCACUUCAUUGCCAUGCACGUUUCCUAACAUAACCUCACCGAUCCUCCCCUUCACUCCCCGUCACACAUCCCCAUCGGAGACAACAGCGGCGCGUGUGGUUCAAAUCCCGUCUUGCGGCGUCGAGUUCUCUGAGUAUACGCCGUGCGAGUCAGUGAGCCGAUCUUUAAGUUUCCCAAGAGAUAGGUUGAUUUACAGAGAGAGACACUGUCCUUCAAAAGACGAGAUUCUCCGGUGCCGGAUUCCAGCGCCGUACGGUUACUCGGUACCAUUCCGAUGGCCGGAGAGCCGUGACGUCGCGUGGUUCGCUAACGUGCCGCACACGGAGCUAACGGUGGAGAAGAAGAAUCAAAACUGGGUGAGGUACGAGAAGGAUAGGUUCUUGUUCCCUGGUGGAGGUACGAUGUUUCCACGUGGAGCUGAUGCUUACAUCGGCGAGAUCGGACGGUUGAUAAAUCUCAAGGAUGGAUCGGUUCGGACAGCCAUUGAUACGGGAUGUGGGGUAGCGAGCUUUGGUGCGUUUCUAAUGUCGAGGAACAUAGUAACCAUGUCGUUUGCGCCAAGAGACACACACGAAGCUCAGGUUCAAUUCGCACUUGAGAGAGGAGUCCCUGCUAUCCUCGGAGUCUUAGCUUCCAUUAGACUCCCAUUUCCAGCCAGAGCUUUCGACAUAGCUCAUUGCUCUCGAUGUCUUAUCCCCUGGGGCCAAUACAAUGGGACGUAUCUGAUAGAGGUGGAUAGGGUACUGAGACCGGGAGGGUACUGGAUUCUCUCCGGACCGCCGAUCAACUGGCAGAGACAAUGGAGGGGUUGGGAGAGAACAAAAGACGAUCUCAACUCGGAGCAGUCUCAGAUCGAGAGGGUCGCUAGAAGCUUGUGUUGGAAGAAACUGGCGCAGAGAGAAGAUCUUGCGGUAUGGCAGAAACCCACCAAUCAUAUUCACUGUAAGCGGAAUCGUAUUGCUCUAAGACGCCCUCCCUUCUGCCACCGGACACAACCCGAUCAUGCCUGGUACACUAAGCUGGAGCAGUGUUUGACGCCUUUGCCGGAAGUAACAGGAACUGAGAUCAAAGAAGUAGCGGGUGGGAAGUUGGCGAGAUGGCCUGAGAGAUUGAAUGCAGUUCCUCCGAGGAUCAAGAGUGGGAGCUUGCAAGGGAUCACUGUGGAUGACUUUGUCAGCAACACAGAGACAUGGCAGACAAGAGUGUCUUACUACAAGAUCUUCGACCAGCAGCUAGCGGAGACAGGGAGAUAUAGAAACUUACUUGACAUGAACGCUUACCUUGGGGGUUUCGCUUCAGCCUUGGUCGAUGAUCCUGUCUGGGUCAUGAACGUUGUCCCCGUGGAGGCCAGUGUCAACACCCUUGGAGUUAUCUAUGAGCGAGGGUUGAUCGGAACGUAUCAAAACUGGUGUGAAGCGAUGUCAACUUACCCAAGGACAUACGAUUUCAUACAUGCCGACUCGGUGUUUAGUCUGUACAAACACAGAUGUGACAUGGAAGACAUCUUGUUAGAAAUGGACAGGAUACUAAGACCAAAGGGAAGCGUGAUCAUAAGAGACGACAUAGAUGUGUUAACAAAAGUGAAGAAGGUAACAGAUGGGAUGCAAUGGGAAGGGAGAAUAGGAGAUCAUGAGAAGGGACCGCUUGAAAGGGAGAAGAUUUUGUUUCUUGUCAAGGAGUACUGGACGGCGCCUGCACCUGAUCAGUGAUCAGAAAGCUAUAGAGAUAAAUGUUUAGACCUUUGUAGUAGCUAGCUCC